GGAGAGGAUGGGUGGAUCCUAUGCUGUGAGCGGUUGUGGGCGCUUCCAUUUGCGUUCACAGAACACUUACUUCUAAACAUUACACCUUUAGUAUUUUUAAGGAAAACCCGCAUUCAAACUUUCGCUCUCCACGUAUUUUUACUAGAGCAUGAUUGUGGAUUUCUUAGCUAUUGUAUUGUGGCUCGUUGAGGUUUGAGGUUUUGUAAUACGCAUGAUUGUUUUAAAGGUGGAAUGACUUUGGAAAUGGCCUCAUCGUUUCAUCUGCCGAGAAGCACCAGCACACGAGAGACGCUGGAAAACACCAGCAGCGAGUCUUCUGAUAAUGAAACAGCAGAAAAGGAGAGAUCUGUCGAGCAAAGGAGUGACGAUGGAAACGCGGACGAAUCAAAGAAAAAGAAACAGAGACGGCAGAGGACUCACUUCACCAGCCAGCAACUGCAGGAGUUGGAAGCUACUUUCCAGAGGAACCGGUAUCCAGACAUGAGCACCAGAGAGGAGAUCGCGGUGUGGACUAACCUCACAGAGGCCCGAGUCCGGGUCUGGUUUAAAAACCGAAGGGCGAAAUGGAGAAAGAGAGAGCGCAACCAGCAAAUGGAUUUGUGUAAGAACAGCUAUCUACCCCAGUUCAGCGGUUUAAUGCAACCUUACGAUGAUGUCUAUCCUGCGUACACCUACAACAACUGGACCAACAAAGGACUCGCGACAGGCCCACUGGCCACUAAAAACUUUACUUUCUUUAACUCUAUGAGUCCCCUUACAUCCCAGUCCAUGUUCUCAGCCCCAAGCUCCAUCUCAUCCAUGACUAUGGCAUCCGGGAUGGGACAUUCUGCCGUGCCCGGCAUGUCAGCAACAGGUCUAAAUAACAUCGGCAAUCUAAACGGCAUCGGGACCUCCUCAAUAAAUUCGGCCAUGAGUUCGUCCACAUGUCCGUAUGGGCCUCCUGGCUCACCUUACAGUGUGUACAGGGACACUUGUAAUUCCAGCCUUGCGACGUUAAGACUGAAAUCCAAGCAGCAUCCAUCUUUUGGAUAUAGCGGUUUGCAGAGUCCCGGCUCUGGUCUUAACGCAUGCCAAUACAAUAGUUGACGAAUUACAUACCAAUAAACGGAUACCUGAACAAUGGACAACUGGAUUUGAUGCAAUCGGCAUUUCCAAACGGAUUAUGCGGAUUGUCUGUGUUUACCUAAACUUGCACAACAAUUUAAUUGUCCAGAUUUUGGAUUUGACAUUAUGAAGACAUGUUAAAGUUACACAAUGUAAAUAUAGCCUAAAGGUUAUAUAAACGUGGAACAAUGGAACAUUUGCACCAUUUGAAAAUUAUUAGGUGCUUUAUAUGGGAACAAUAUGGGUUUGUCAAAACACAAACCUGUUACUAGGACGUCGUGUUUAUUGUAGGCCUCCAUAGCCUACUACUGUUAAAUUGUGUCUGUGAGUGGGGUACACUUGUAUGUCUCAUGCAGAGGUUGUGUGGUCCAUCUUCUCGUAGUUGUUUGAUUGCUUCAAUAAAUUUACCGCAUGCUUAUUCCGAGUGAAAAAAUGUUUUGGUAUAAAAUCAUAUGAAUGUGUAGACUAAAUAACAAAGCUAUAACUUUAUAUUGUUAUCCUGUUGAUUGAAAACUGUGUUUUAUAUGUUUAUAAUAAUGUUUAAAUAAACCUCAAAUGCAAGAAUUUCUGAAACGAUUCAUCAGAAGAAUUAGGCAGGUUAUUGUAUAAAUUGCAUCUUAUGUGAAACACAAUUGACAUACUUAUAUUGUUGGGGUUCACAGCAAUAUAUUUUUAUAUAAUAUUAAGUGAUUGAUUUUUCCGUUUUAUUUUCCGAGUUCAUAUGGAUUUAAGCGUUUAGCUUUAGCCUAAUAUUCUUAUAACCGAGUGUGUUUUCUCGUUCUCUUCGAUUGUGUUUACGUUAAAUUAUAAUGGAACAACUUUUAAUGUGUUAAACUUCAUGUUGCCAUUGUCCAUUUAAUGUAUCAAUGUCAUUGCAGUUUACCUCUAAAACACUGUUUGCCUUAAUUGUUUCCAAAGUAACCAGAUAAAGAGACCCACAUCGGAGUUUAGGAAAUGGGGUGCAAACGUCAGAAUCAAUACAGGAAUUCCUUUUCGUGGUUUUCAAACAUUGUUUGACUGUCUGUGUUGAGAUCCUGUCGUUCCUGUCGUCGAUAAUAAUGCAUUUAAUUUGCUGAAAGGUCGACCCAUGUUAAUGAUCAUUUCAUUUGGCUUGAUAGUUAAAUCAGAAUGAAUUUACGCAGUGUUUACAUGCCUCGCAAGGACACGUUAAUAAACCCAUUACCCAAGUCAAACAAACUGUCUGGACAUCACAAUGACAAAGCAGUGAUAGAACUGCUAUCAGGUCAUCAAUGUAAUGCAGAGGAUAUUAUAUUAAAUGCUAGCGAUCACUGCAAAAAAAAAAAAAA